AGCAAGCAAUCCUAAACCGGCAUGUUUAAUCCGAGAGUGGGAAUAGGAGUAGAGCCAUAAAUGCAAGCUAGCCAAACAGUGAUUGUUUUAAGAACUACAUAAAAUUCCCCUUUCUCCUCGUGAAACAGAAGCUUUACAAAAUUUUGAUACCUUCUUAGUUCCGGGUUUUCACUUGCUCUGAGCUUAAUAAAUGGCAAAGAGAAGGAAACUUGAAAUGCAAAUCAUACACGACGACGAUGAAGAAGAAAGUGCCUCUGCUGUAACCAAUUCUACUUUCUCAGGUGGCUUCUCUCGUAGUAAAAGAUCUCAAAGAAGAGUUAGGACCGGAAACUCCAGGCAACAGGGGAUGUUAAAUAGUGAUCUGUUUUCACACUGCUUUGAGAACAUAUGGAAGAGCUUCUCGGAUAAUAGAAGGGCUUCUUUUGCAUAUCUUGAUUGCUUGUGGUUUUCAUUGUACAUGGAUGAAUCGUACAAAGAAAAGGUGUUGGUAUGGAUCAGGAGGAAACAUAUUUUCUCAAAGAAAUAUGUUUUUGUUCCUAUUGUGCACUGGAGCCAUUGGAAUCUUUUGAUAUUCUGCAACUUUGGUGAACUUUUGCAAUCUGAAACCCGAACAACUUGUAUGUUGUUGCUUGAUUCACUGCGAAUGGCUGGCCCAAGGCAGCUUGAACCCACAAUAAGAAAGUUUGUCCUUGACAUAUAUGAAGCUGAGAAGAGACCUGAAAAGAAAGAGGUGAUAUCUAAAAUACCCCUAUUGGUGCCAAAGGUACCCCAACAGACAAAUGGUGAAGCAUGUGGUAGUCUUGUUCUCUAUUUUAUGAGUUUGUUUAUGGAAAGUGCACCUGAAAACUUCAGUAUCUCCGGGGGCUAUCCUUACUUUAUGAAGGAGGACUGGUUUGCUCCUGAAGACUUCAAUUGCUUCUGCAAGAGAUUUCAAUUGUGCGGCUUGUGAAUUAACUUUAACUUUAAACCAUAGUGGAUGACUUGCUCAUACGUAUCAGGUUAUUAGCUGUGCAUGCAAAAGAAAUACGGGGCAAGUUCUGUUGUAGAACAACCUUGUUGUGCAUUUUAUGAUUAGGUAUGUGACUCGAAAAUGUAUCUAAAUCAAGGAAGAGAUCAUUGACAGAGCUAUUGUUACCAUAUUUGUUUGUCUGUUGAUCUUAGCUACUAAACAUCGUAAACAGAUGCACCUUGAAUUUGUCAACUUAAAUGCUAGCGUUUUCAGCGCCUUAUCUUUGUUGAAUUACGGAAGAUUAAAAUCAAUAGUUAGUUAUGUGUUAUGGUGUUUCUGUGUUUUAUUUUGCUCUUUUGCAGGUGAGAUACGUUGGCACACCAACACUGUAUUAUUUUAGUCCAAAACCCCAAUGUCCGAGUUAACUCAAAAUAGCUUAUCCCAUCUCUGAAUCAAAAAAAAAAAAAGAAGUGUUCUCUUUAUCCCUGCAAGUCGCCAAUAAUGGACCGAUCAAAGAUGGUAACUAGACGUCCCGAGUGAGUAUCACACCUCGAAUUUGGUAGGCUUUUACGUCUAGAAGUUUUGAGUGUAUACGAUAUGCGUUAACUCAAAUAAAUCGAUUUUGAGUUAAUA